CAUCACUAAUCCUCAGAUGUAUUUUUAAAGGAUGAACAGUAUUCAAGGGCUGAGUACUAUUGUUAAGAGUGCAUUUUAAUAAACGUGAUAAAUCAUUCUCUUUCCUACAUAUUAAUAAAUUGUUUCUGAGAAAAAUUGCACAUGGAAGAAAAUUCUUCAACCUAUGUUUAUAUAUCAUCUUCUACCAAAUACUACCUAAAACUUUAUGACUUUGAAUUUUAACAUUAUAACAUCUUCAUUCAAAAAUUUUUUCUAUCAAGGUGUCAUUAAGUAAAAACUGCUUUUCUCACUUUAUGGACUCUUUGAAGACCAAAAAAUGUCUAUUUUUCCAACCAUAAUUUAUUAUAUGUUAUCAUGCAAAAGUAAUAACACUAAAUAUCUGUCUCAACAUGAGAACACCUCUGCUCAGUAAAUAUCUAGGUACACUUUUCUAUAUAAAUGAUAAACUAAAGCCCUGUCUUCCACAGUCAUUAUAUUGAUUUCUACCAAAAGCUUAUCACUAUACAACAUCUAACUAUGCAUAUUUGAAUAAUGUAAUAGGAAAAUAUAAUUAAUGCACAGUUAAUCCAACUUAAACUCAAUGUAGCUGCCAUAUUCUUAGAUUAAAAAUCUAUAAACUUUCUCAAAGAUUUCACAAGUAACAGAGGUCUAUACUUUUCUGCAUAUGACACUUAAAAGAAUUUUCAAAUCAGUAGGCCUUUUUGAGAAGGUGGAUUUGUUUUCUUGGCAUUCUUAUGUACAAAUGUGGAGGUUUUCCUAAGUGUAUCCCAAAAAAAUGAAAUCUUGAAAUUGGCAAAGGUAAGAAUUUAGGUAUUUUAAUUAAAGAAACUCAAGUGGUAAAUAAAUGAUAUAGGUUCAAUGGUACAUAAAAUAAAACUUCUAAGAAAGUAAAAAAGAAUAUAAUAAUUGGUCUCAGCGGUUUGUGAAACUGUUUCAGAAUUGAAACUUGAUUAAAUAUAAACAAUGUCAACAAUACAUUAAGGAUAUGUAAAAUUAUUGGAAAUAAAAACAUAAAUAAAGUCAUGGGAAAUAAAAAUAGAAUUGGUGUAGUAACUGAUUAGGACUCUGAGCGUCGCUGUUCACCAAAGUGGGAAAGAAUCUGUCACAGAAGCAACUCGACUCUCAGCUUCUUCCAUACUAAACACGACUAGGCAAGCUUCUGGGAACUGCCGCCCGUCCCAAUUCCGCCAAAGAAUAUGCUCUCCUCGAUUUUAAAGAAAUAAGGUAACAGCAGGCUGAACCAGGACUAAGAGAAUUGAGGGAAGAGAAAGCAAUGGCGAAUCUACUGAGGCGCUGGGGCUGCGGAGACCUGCUUUUGUCCUUCAUGCUUCUGGGAACGCUGUGCCAGCCAGGGUCCGGGCAGAUCCGCUACUCGGUGCCCGAGGAAUUAGAGAAAGGUUCCUUUGUGGGCAAUAUCGCCAAGGACCUUGGUCUACAACCGCAGGAGCUGGUGGAGCACGGAGUCCGCAUCGUCUCCAGAGGUAGGACGCAGCUUUUCUCUCUGAACCCGCGAAGCGGCAGCUUGGUCACAGGGGAAAGGAUAGAUCGGGAGGAGCUCUGCGCUCAGAGCGCGCGGUGUCUGGUGAACUUUAACAUCUUGGUUGAGAAUAAAAUGAAAAUUUAUGGGGUAGAAGUGGAAAUAGUUGAUAUUAAUGAUAACUUUCCGAGAUUCCGGGAGGAGGAAUUAAAAGUAAAAGUUAAUGAAAAUGCAGCUGUGGGAACUCGCUUGGUGCUUCCCUUCGCACGAGAUGCGGAUGUGGGUGUGAACUCCCUCCAGAGUUACCAGCUGAGCACCAAUCUUCACUUCUCCCUGGACGUGAAGAGCGGAUCUGACGGGCAAAAUUACCCUGAGUUAGUGUUGGAAAGGCCCCUGGACCGCGAGAAAGCGGCGAUUCACGAACUCCUUCUCACAGCCUUAGAUGGCGGAGACCCAGUACUCUCUAGCACCACGCGGAUCCGCGUGGCAGUCCUGGACGCAAAUGAUAACGCGCCCCUCUUCACCCGAUCCGAAUAUAGAGUGAGUGUUCCAGAGAGCAUACCUGUGGGAACUCAGCUACUCACUCUGACCGCCACAGAUGCAGAUGAGGGAAUAAAUGGGAAAGUGACCUACUCUUUUCGCAAUGAAGAAGACAAAAUUUCGGAGACGUUCCAACUUGAUUCCACUCUGGGGGAAAUCUCAACUAUUCAAUCCCUGGACUAUGAAGAAUCCAGAUUCUACCUCAUGGAAGUGGUAGCUCAAGAUGGAGGUGCUCUUCUUGCUAGUGCUAAGGUGCUGGUCACAGUACAGGAUGUGAAUGACAAUGCCCCAGAAGUGAUACUCACUACUUUCAGCAGUUCUGUUUCUGAAGACUGUCUUCCUGGGACCAUAAUCGCCCUGUUUAGCAUACAUGAUGUUGAUUCUGGGGAGAAUGGUGAGACUUCAUGUUCUAUUCCGAAGAAUUUGCCUUUCAAAUUAGAAAGGUCAGUUGAUAAUUACUAUCACCUAUUAACAACAAGAACUCUGGACAGAGAAGAGACUUCAGAUUAUAAUAUCACAGUAACCGUUACCGACCAUGGCACCCCACCCCUGUCUACAGAAAAUCAAAUUUCCCUGAAAGUAGCAGACAUCAAUGACAACCCACCUACCUUCUCUCAGGCCUCCUACUCUACUUCAAUCCCAGAGAACAACCCCAGAGGAGUUUCUAUCUUCUCUGUGACAGCCCAUGACCCUGACAGUGGUGAUAAUGCUAGGAUCACUUACUCCCUGGCAGAAUAUACAUUACAGGGAGUGCCUCUAUCCUCCUAUGUCUCCAUGAACUCAGACACUGGUGUCCUGUAUGCACUAUGUUCCUUUGACUAUGAGCAGUUAAGAGACCUGCAGCUACUGGUGAAAGCCAGUGACAGUGGGAACCCUCCACUCAGCAGCAACGUGUCACUGAACUUAUUUGUGCUGGAUCAGAAUGACAACAUCCCUGAGAUCCUGUACCCCACCAUUCCUACUGAUGGUUCCACUGGUGUAGAGCUGGCACCCCGCUCUGCAGAGCCUGGAUACCUGGUGACCAAGGUGGUGGCAGUGGACAGAGACUCAGGACAGAAUGCCUGGCUGUCCUACCGCCUGCUCAAGGCCAGUGAACCAGGGCUCUUCUCAGUGGGGCUGCACAAUGGUGAGGUACGCACAGCACGGACGCUACUGGAUAGAGAUGCUCUCAAGCAGAGCCUCCUGGUGAUUGUUCAGGACCAUGGCCAGCCCCCUCUCUCUGCCACUGUCACACUCACAGUGGCCAUGGCUGACAGUAUCCCUGAUGUUCUGGCCAAUCUGGGUAGCAUCAAGCCCCCUUCCUACUCUGAUGAUUCAGAGCUUACACUCUACCUUGUGGUAGCAGUGGCUGCAGUCUCUUGUGUCUUCCUGGCCUUUGUCAUUGUGAUGCUGGCGCUUAGACUAAGACGCUGGCACUCAUCACGCCUGCUCCAGGUUUCCAGAGGCAGGUUGGCAGGCAUGCCCACCUCCCACAUUGUGGGCAUGGAUGGGGUGCAAGCUUUCCUGCAGACCUAUUCCCAUGAGAUCUCCCUCACUGCAGACUCCAGGAAGAGCCACCUGAUCUUUCCUCAACCCAACUACGCAGACACUCUCAUUAGUGAACAGAGUUGUGAGAAAAGUGAACCUCUUCUGGUGUCUGAUAAGGCAAAUGCAAACAAAGAAGAACAAGGAGUUGCUCAGGUUAGUUCUUUCUUACAGUAA